UCAUUGUCGGACGGUGGCUGGUGGCGACCGCCGGUUACGCUGGUGCGCGGCGCCUGCUGCAUUUGAUUAGGCUAUCUGAUUGGCUCGCGAACGAGCCUUUUCCUGCUCUCGGCCGUCGCGGGAGAGGCUGCGCUGCGGAGGUAAGGCGCGCAGUGCUCGCUGGGUCGACAACCAACCAAGCAGCCAGCACCUCUCAGGGUGCGCCAUGAUCCGCACCCUGAGCGCCGCGCUGACGCCGCUACUGCUGCUGCUGCUACUCGCGUCGGCCCAAUCGUUCCAAGGAAUUUUCACUGGGCAGCUGACUGACUUUGAGGUGGUCAUUCCACGCAAGAUCGGUGCCGGCGGCGAUCUGGAGCACCACCACCCAGUGAGCCCGUGGCACUCAAGCAGGUCGAAAAGGGCCACCCUGGACGAGCACAAGGUGCAGUUUGAGGUGCCAUUGCGGGAUGCGCCGCUGAUCCUCGAGCUGUGGCCCAGCGUCGACUUCAUCUCGUCCAGACUGAGCGUGCACCGUCCGAGCGGCAGGAGACGUCGCUCAAUCGGAUCUGCCUUCCACUCGUGUCACUUUCAGGGCGUCGUCCAGGGCGAACCUGACUCGACGGUCGCGCUCUCCGCGUGCAGCGGAUUGGCGGGCAUGGUGCGCAGCGAGAGGCACGGAACGCUUUGGAUCGAGCCGAUUAGGAACGGAGGUGUGAAAGGACAUCAACAUGUCAUUUACAAAAGGCCUUCCUCUUCAGCCAAAAGCGCCUCCCACAGCUGCGGAACAGAAGAGCCCCCUCGCAUCUUCAAAAAGCCAGACGGCACAAGAAUUAACAGACUGAAAAGAAGCACGUCGCAAGAACAGUACGAAGAAAAUUUCCUGCUUCCUGAGGAAUUAGCCACGCGGCGGCCCUAUUUGGGACACAACUUCAAGGGAGAAAAUCCGCACGCGUUCUCCGUCAGCAAGGAGCGGAACGUGGAAGUAAUGGUGGUGGCCGACCGCAGCAUGAUGGAUUUCCACGACAAGGAAAGCGCCUCCGACCUCGAAACUUAUCUGCUUACCGUCAUGAAUAUGGUAUCGGCAUUUUACAGAAUCCCGAGCCUGGGGAACAGGGUGAACAUUGUUGUGGCCAAGCUGAGGGUCGAAGACGAAAGCAUGCAGAGUGGUCUCUCGUUCAACGUGACAACUAACGCGGACAAGACACUGGACAGUUUCUGCUUCUGGCAAAAGAAGGCGAACAACCCUGACGAUGAAUCAUCUGACCAUCACGAUGUAGCCAUCCUGCUGACAAGGGUGGACAUUUGUUCCAAAUCUGACCAGCCGUGUGGCACCUUGGGAGUGGCACAUGUCGGUGGAAUGUGCGACCUGAACAGGGCGUGUUCGGUGAACCAAGACAACGGCCUGAGCGUGGCUCACACCGUUGCUCACGAGCUCGGACACAAUUUCGGAAUGGUGCACGACGCGGGGGACGAGAGCAACAACGCGGACGACUGCCUCUCACGCAAUGGGUCGGCGCUACACAUCAUGACGCCAAAUUUCGACGUGGAAACCACCAGCAUGGAGUGGUCCUCGUGCAGCCGCAAGGCUAUAACCAGAUUCUUUGACAAAGGGGACGGAGAGUGUUUGAACGAUCAAUCUAUUGAUGCCGAAGGGCCGACGAAUAUUUCUGAACUUCCUGCAGGCGCCCUCUACGACGCAGACCACCAGUGCCGGCUUCAGUACAGCUCGUUAGCAACCUCUGUUUGUUCGGAAGAGGAUGAUUUUUGCUUGUAUUUAUGGUGCUCUGUGAAUGGCACCUGCACCACAUCCUUGCGGCCUCCAGCGGAUGGAACCAACUGCGGGCACAGAAAGUGGUGCAUGAAUCGAGAGUGCGUGGAGGUGCGGGACAGCCCUGUUGCCGUUGACGGUGGCUGGGGCGAGUGGCGUGCGUUCACCGAGUGUUCGCGUACUUGCGGAGGCGGAGUGGCCACCUCCGAAAGGGACUGCGACCAUCCGAAGCCGGCGCACGGAGGUCUUUAUUGCACAGGCGCGAGGAAACGAUACCGCGUUUGCAACACAAAAUCGUGUCCGCAGACAGAACCCAGUUUCAGGGCCCAGCAGUGCGCCUCUUUCGAUCCAGACUGGAAGCCAUACUUCGUUCCUGGGUCGCCUUGCUCGCUUUAUUGUACGAACGAAAGUCUGAUCGUGGAAGCUGCUCCUGUAGUGAAAGAUGGGACUCCGUGUAAUAAUUUAUCCAACGACAUGUGCAUUGAAGGUAAAUGUAGGAUAGUCGGGUGCGACUGGAAAGUCGAUUCGAGGGCCGAGGAGGACGCCUGCGGCGUUUGCAACGGCGACGGCUCGCAGUGCAUCACCCACAGCAACCACUUUAGCCGAAAAGACGGCAAAGGUAUGCAGGCGAUAGCGGAUAUUCCACCCGAGGCACGCAAUAUUCGCGUGGAGGAGACGGCCAGUUCUCGGGCGUUUAUCGCGUUGGGCCCGGCGGAGGACCGUCUUUAUGUCGACGGUCGCAGGCUGGGCAAAGGUGAGAAUAACUACAUUCCGGUGGCCGGUUCGAUCGCAACCUACAAACGCUGGGGUCACCGAGAGUCGCUGACUGUUCACGGGCCAACCAAUGAAUCUCUGCACGUUUAUAUAAUUUACCCGGGAAAGGCUCGCAUCAAGUACGAGUACACGGUGAAGAGAAAGCCAGGACGAGUUUCCGAGUUUUCCUGGCAAUUUCCAGAUUGGUCAGCCUGCUCAGUUACGUGCGGGACCGGCGUUCAGGUUGCCCGUCCACAGUGCAUGGAAGGUGAUUUAGGACCGACGGAUAACAUCAAAUGUUUAAGCGCUGGACAACCUCCAAGUCCACUGAUUAAAGCAUGCAACCUGCCUCCCUGUCCUGCCAGGUGGUGGAGUGGACCCUGGCAACUGUGUCCCUUAACGUGCGGUCCGUGGAACACCAGACGCCACCGGACGGUGCUAUGCGUCCGCAGCCUAGAGGAAGGAGCCGAGUUCCAGGCUCUUCCUGACGAGGAAUGCGACCUGGCCACGAAGCCGCCCGAAGAGGAGGCAUGCCCUGGCCUACCGAAAUGUGAUAGGUACCAGCCGAGCGAGGAGCACGUGGGUAAGAGCAAGUUGGUCAUCAAGGUGGCGGCCACGACAAAGCCAGUUCGCCAGAGGAUGGUGAGAAGACACAGAAAGAGGGCCGAGGCUAGGCUCCGUAGCCAUCAGACAAGGGAGGAGAAGAGAUUCAGGUGGCAUGUCGGCGACUGGACUCACUGUUCAACAACAUGUGGUGAUGGAAUAAAAAAACGAGGUGUGAACUGUCAACUGUCACAGAGUGGACAUCGCGUGGCAGCAAAACACUGUCCAGGCAAAAAACCUGUCGACUAUGAGCCUUGCAACUUGAGACCGUGCUCAGAGUGGAUGGUUGGGACCUGGAGCAAAUGUGACUGUGAAGUAAUAGGAAUGUCCACAAGGACAGUCAAAUGUCCCAGACUGAACGAAUGCAGCGAACUUUUGAAACCUGAAUCUGCCAGAUCUUGCUUGGAAUCGUGCUUUAAUUAAGACGAAAGAUGCCGAGAUCUUGUACAAAUUAGUGAUACUAACAAAAUACAUUAGUUUAUUUUAUAAAUCAUAUCAA